CCGCCACCGCUUCCAUGUUGUGUUUGGAAUUAGCUGUGUUCUAAUCUACUGUCAUAAAUGGGACUGUAAAUUCGAAUCUUGAACAAAAUGUCAGCAAGAAAAUACAUCUAACCACUCUCCUGGACCGCUCUCCCCUUUCUCCACCCCUGCCCACGGCCCGCCCCGCACGCUUAAAACGCACGGAUGACCGUGAUGCUUGCUAGUGGAGUUGAAACAGGGGUACAGGACCGUAGUUUUGCCAUUAGUUUAGGACAAAUGAUGGAAGUAGACGACGUGUCGGUUAGAGAGCAGCUUUUCCACAACAGAGUGCGAGAGACGUUUAUCUGUGUCCUCCUCUUCACCUGCCUCUACAUUCUGUCCUACCUCAUCCUCACUCACUUCAAGAAGAAUGCGGACUAUGUCACGGAUGACGUUGAAGAUGCGACCGCCAACAAAAUUGCGCUGUGGCUGUGUACGUUUACCCUCUCUGUGGCAGUGUGCGCUGUGUUGCUCCUCCCCAUCUCCAUCCUGUCCAAUGAGGUGCUGCUCAUCUUCCCUCACAGCUACUACAUGCAGUGGCUCAACGGAUCGCUCAUUCACGGCUUAUGGAACCUAGUGUUCCUGUUCUCCAACCUGUCCCUGGUCUUCCUCAUGCCCUUCGCCUACUUCUUCACCGAGUCGGAGGGCUUCGUGGGCUGUAAGAAGGGGGUGAUGGCGCGGGUGUAUGAGACGGCGGUGGUGCUGCUGCUGCUCACUCUGCUGGUGCUGGGCAUGGUGUGGGUGUUUGUGGCUCUGCUAAACAACCACAGCGCCAGGGAGAGCCUCUACGACAUGUGGGAGUACUAUCUCCCUUACCUCUACUCUGCCAUCUCUCUGUGUGGAGUGCUGCUGCUGCUAUUGUGCACUCCCUUCGGGCUGUCCCGCAUGUUCAGUGUCACCGGGAGCCUACUGGUCAAACCACGGCUGUUGGAGAAUGUGGAGGUGGAGAUGAACUGUGCUGCGUUCGAGGAGGCUUCUCUCUCCAGGACACUCAACAGGGGUAGCACGGCAUGCUGGGUCAGUGUGAACGUGGAGCCUUUGAGGACGCAGUUCCUCGGCGUCCAGGCCAAACGAAUCGCCCUCGAGAUGCGGAGGAGAGCGUCACCAUGGCAGCGGAACCUGUUCUACCCUCUGGCCAUGCUGCUGCUCUUAGCUCUGACGGUGGCCUGCGUGUUGAUGGUUUGUUUCCAUGUUCUGGAGCUCCUGUUCGACGAGACGGCCAUGCCCAGUGGAAUGGGGGACCCUCGCCUGGGGACGGCUUCCUUCUCCAUGUUUGGUUCUCUGGGAGCAGCAGUGCAGGUGGUCCUCAUCCUGUACCUGAUGGUGUCGUCUGUGGUGGGCUUCUACAGCUCUCCUCUCUUCACCUCCCUGCUGCCCCGCUCUCAGGACACCAACCUCACACAGAUCAUUGGGAACUGUGUCUCUCUUCUGGUCCUCAGCUCAGCACUGCCGGUCUUCUCUCGCACUCUGGGGAUCACACGGUUUGACCUCCUGGGAGACUUUGGGAGAUAUAACUGGCUGGGGAACUUCCACAUAGUGUUCUUGUACAACAUUCUGUUUGCCGGCCUCACCUCUGCCUGCCUCAUCAACACUCUCACCUGGGCUGUGCAGGGAGAACUCAUACGUGCCUUCGGUCUCCACAAACUUCCUCUGACAGUGUCCCGCACAACCAUCCCCCUCAAGCUCCUCCUGGCAAAUGGCCUGUCAAAGAUCCAGUGACUGACAUUCCCUUGACCAAUCAACCGUGAUCUUUAAUCCCGACUGGGACCUGAGCCCCCUGGAUAGCAUUCCCAUUGGACCAAAGGCACCUUGUCUUCAGUCCUCCAGUCAAUCUGUGUCUGGAUCACCAAAAUGAAGAGACCGGAGUGGAGGAUUAGAAGUGCAGUUUGGACAAUGACGCAGUAGAGCUCUGCUCACUGACCAAUACAAGUUGACUUGGGGAACAAACUUAAACGGUCUGAAAUCACUGUGCAGUAAUCUGAGGCAAAAAUGAUCAAUUCUGGAACUGCUAAAAUCUAGAACUGAAAGGGAUCUUAUCAGGGUUUUGGGUCAUGGCUAGAAGGGGUUCAACUAUUGUCAGAUAUUACUUUUCGUAGCAGGUUAGGAGAAUUAGGAUAAGGUUAGGAGAAGGGUUGGGGUUAGUUAAAAUGUUUUGUUUUUUAAAAUCUGCUUUUGGCGUUAAUUUGAGAAAAGCUGGGUCCCUUCUAGCCAUGACCUUGUGACAUCAUACAGUACAUCCUGGAUGUCCUAAUGCCUUAUGAGAAACUCACAAUGGGUUGGAGAGGUGGCGGUGGGACCGACAUUGCUCUUUGGACACGCACGUGUAAAAGUCAGCAAAUCUAUUUUUGGAACAUUACGUUGCAACUGACAUUUCCUUUUCCUGAUCAGGGGUUGAGCGGUUGAGUCCUCUCUGCCUCCCCUCUCCCCACGCCUUCCUCUCUCUCUCUCUCUCAUGUAAGACUACUAUUUCUGGGCCUCACUCCUUUGAAUCCCACUUCCAUUUCUUUUUAAGACUCCUUGUCUGUCUGUAAUGGUGUUGUGUUCCGUUAAUGAGAGGAUGUUUUUAAACCUGCGUAUUUUACAUGCCUUGACCUUCACAUAGUGGAGGAAGAGAAGGGGACAGGACAGGGUUGUGUUCAUUAUGUUAUGGCUUAAAGCAUUUUGCAACAACAAAAAAAAGAGCUUUUCAGUUCUCUUCCAUUUGGUGCCGGACGAACACAACCCAGGAUUUGUUUUAAACUGAUAACAUUGAAUUAGUGAACAAUGUAUGAAAAGAUACCUGAACACAAAGGGGAAAAUAGACACGGGAGGUUAUUGGUUGUAUAAUGCCAUUUCUGUUCCCUUAAAAAAAAAAAAAAAGAAGCAUUAAGGAUCUUCCUUAAUGCAAAUUAACACUCGUGUGUCCUGCCUUGGACCAAUCAUACUGUGAAUAGCUUGUUAAUGUUCAAGUGCAAUACUGUUUACGCUCCAUUGCCAAUUCCCAUGACGUGUUUUUCCUGAACUUUUAUAUUAGAAUAAUAUAAAUGAAUGAUCUCUAGCGGUUUUUAUUUUAGAUCUCUUUAUCGUGAUCCUGUGUCGUGCUUUUCCUUUGCUGUAUCAGCAUGUAUGUUAAGUUUGUUUUAAUUGUUGUUAUUAUUAGCUGUUAGACAAUCAGUUCCUUUCUCUGUCACCAGCAGGGGGCAGGGUCUCCCAAACUCACCGGCAGCCUUCUGAAACUUGCCCUAAGGUUCCGUCAGAGAACCUUCCGUCCUUAGGGCAAUGGUUCUGUUUGGUCAGUCAUUGCACAUAGCGUUGACUCAUUUCAUGUCGCGUAAACAAGUCUUUCAAGUCUAUUGUUUGGGGAGCAAACAGUUUAUGGUUUACGUUUAGUGCUCUAAAAUGUCUUGAUGUUGUAAAAUGUAUGUAUUUUUUUCAUGAGCCGUGAAGAAAAGGGACAAUGUAUUACAUUUUUCUAUACAUAAACUGUCUUGUCUAUCUAUGGAUUGGUAUGAGUAAUAAGACUGUUACAGUGCAGUUAUGUGGUAGUUUAUCUAUACAUGAUCAGGUCUCAUUAUCCAGCCCAUCUGACUUUGUGGGCGUUUGCUGGCAUGGCUGCCCCCCCCCCUGUGUGGUUUACGCCUGCCCCACCCCCUCUGUGCUGUUUGUCUGCCCCCCGUGCUGUUUACGUCUCCCCCCUGUGCUGUUUACAGCUAUCCUGUGCAUGUACGUCUGUGUCCCCCGGUGCUGUUUACGUCUGUGUCCCCCGGUGCUGUUUACGUCUGUGUCCCCCGGUGCUGUUUACGUCUGUGUCCCCCGGUGCUGUUUACGUCUGUGUCCCCCGGUGCUGUUUACGUCUGUGUCCCCCUGUGCUGUUUACGUCUGUGUCCCCCUGUGCUGUUUACGUCUGUGUCCCCCUGUGCUGUGUACGUCUGUGUCCCCCUGUGCUGUGUACGUCUGUGUCCCCCUGUGCUGUGUACGUCUGUGUCCCCCUGUGCGGUGUACGUCUGUGUCCCCCUGUGCGGUGUACGUCUGUGUCCCCCUGUGCGGUGCGUGUCUGUGUCCCCCUGUGCGGUGCGUGUCUGUGUCCCCCUGUGCGUGUCUGUGUCCCUGUCCCACCACCAUUUGUUGCCUUGCUUUAAUCAGGCCCAGAAGAAAGCCGUUGUAUUCUGGCCCGUCUGUCAUCGGAGGCCGUCCCUGAUAACACUAUAACCAACGUUUCCUCCACUCGGAUGCCACCGCCAGAUAAACCCCCCCCAAAAAAGGCCAAAUCAAGAGGAGAGGCGACGCUCUCGCUUUCUCUCUCUCACCUCCACCCACUCCCCCUUUUCUUCCAUCUGUUUUCCUGGCAUAUUAUUCAUUUCCUCUUUUGGAGGCAGAAAAAGAACCCGGUUCUGAUUCAUGACUCCUUGAUUUUUGUUUGCAUUUCUUGUUUUCUUUUGUUUGAUGUUUUUUAAAUGAGCUGUCUUUUUGUUUUUGUGUUGCCUUUUUCCUCCGCUAAAAGGGAGUUUAAAGUCUAAAUGUUCCUGUAAUGCUACUUACUGUACAUAUCAGAGGCUUGGUGUGCCCUGUGGGUAGUAGGCACACACGCCACCGAGACAUGUCAGUUAAUGAAUACAGGAUUUAUAUUAA